AUGGAGGAGGAGAAGGGCAAGAGUGCCCAUGUCCUGGUGCUUCUCUCCCUUUGCCGAGGCCACAUAAACCCAAUGCUCCACUUUGCCGAUCGCCUUGCUAUCAAUGGCCUCAGGGCCACUCUCGUGGUCCCCAUCCAAAACCGUGGCGAUAUUGGUAAGGCCGAUCCCCGGGCCGUUGCCGCUGCCUGCCUUGAGUACAUCUCGGAUGGCUACGAUGAUGGCUUGCCAUCGAAUUUCGAUGUUGAGAUAUAUAGGACUACUUUCCAGUGUGUUGGCUCGAAGAAAUUGCUCGAGCUCAUAGCUCGACUCACUGUAGAAGGUCCCCGACCGGUUUGUCUCAUAUAUGACUCGUUCCUUAGUUGGGCCUUGGAGCUUGCCCAUGCCCAUGGCCUCCUAGGAGCCACCUUUAUAACACAGCCUCUUGCAGUGUGCUUGAUGUAUUGUUACUACGGCUGCGGUCUGCAGAUAAAUCCGGACAUGUGUGUUUUUCUUCCCAGAAUGCCGCCACUGGGCUUACGAGACCUCCCCUCGUUCAUUGCCCAACCUGAGAGCAACCCAUUGAUCCUUGAAAUGAUGUUGGGCCAGUUCAAGAACAUGGGCAAAGCAGAUUUUGUCCUUGUGAACUCAUUUGACAAAUUAGAGGAAGAAGCGAGAAAAGAGAUGGAACACGAGAGCCACCCUGCAGACUGCCUCCGUUGGCUAGAUGAGAGGCCGGACAGCUCAGUAGUGUAUGUCUCAUUCGGGAGCUUGGCGACUUUACCCGCAGAGCAAAUGGAGGAGAUCGCUAAUGCCUUGCUUUCGAGCAACCGGCCAUUCCUAUGGGUGGUUAAAGCCCCCUAUGCACACCAAAAGGGCGGAAACUCACUACCUGAGGGCUUCGUAGAGGCCACAUCAGAGCAAGGAUUGGUGGUGCCAUGGUGCCCUCAGCUUCAUGUCCUGGCACAUAGAGGGGUCGGUUGUUUCGUGACUCAUUGCGGAUGGAACUCAACGCUGGAGGGGUUAAGCCAAGGGGUGCCCAUGGUCACAGUUCCCCAGCGGAGGUACCACCCUACCAAUGCGAAGUUUGUUUCGGACGUCUGGAUCACGGGUGCUCGUCUCGAGGUCGGCAACAAGGGAUUCGUUCUUAAAGGAGAGCUGGAGAGAUGCAUAAGAGAGGUAAUGGAAGGGGAGCGAGGGGCUCACAUAAGGGCGAAUGCACAGAGGUGGAGAGAUCAGGCUAGGGAGGCUGUUGCAGAGGGGGGCCCUUCUGAUAAUAACGUCAAAGAAUUUGUAACCAAGGUUCCAUUCUUGCUUUUGGACAGGGAGAAGUAG